CUCUGCAUUCAGUUAUUCGCCGAUAAUUGAUGUCAAAGGACGCGUUACGGCGUCGGUCAUACGGCGCGUAUAAUUAACAAGGAUUUCGAUAAUAAACAAAUUGUUGUUAAUUUAGUUCCGGGUUCAGUGUAUUUUCUGUUCAACUUCCGCUUCAAGUGCCGCCAUAUUUAUUUGUAUACGUUUUUUUUUGGCGAUUUUCGUAUGUUUUCGCAAAUGUUAUUUGUUUAACUGCCGGUUUAAGCGCUAAAUUGUUACUCCACUUACCUUUGUACAACAAAAACUAUAUAUUAUAGCGCACACACAUAGAAAUAAAGUAUAACACGCGUGCGCACGCUCAUUUACACAACGCCCUCUUUAACAGCGUCAUUCACUUUGGCAGCAGCCAUUUACCGUUGCAAUGCCAAAAGAAGAUCCAUUCGUGAAUCGCGCUCAACUCUUGAAGGCAAUCAAAAAGUAUCCGGAGAUAUGGGACUCAAAUAAUAAACUGCACAUGUGUCGCAGCGUCACAGCGCCCAUGUGGAACGAGAUAGCCGAACAGUUUGGUGGGCAUGUGCCAACAGUAAAACUCCAGUCCAUCUGGAGUCAGAUGAAAUACCACUACCAUAACCUAGUACAUCGGCAAAUUUUGCAUAAGGAACGUUUUACCACCAAAUGGGAGCACUUCGAACCGAUGUCUUUCAUGUACAACAUCACGGUGGCAAAGAUAGUAGGGGCUGCUGGCGCCAAUGAUGGCAAUCAAACACAGCAUUUGCAGUCACCCACAGCCGUAUCACUGCCCACGCCACCGCCGACACCAACCACACCGCAAUCGCAGGGACGUGGACGACCCAGCGGCAGUUUUACAUGGCUGCCGGUACAGCAACAACAACAAUCGCAGACACAACAACUACAACAGCAGCUAGUGCAAACACAAUUAUCAACACAAAUGCACGAACAAUUGACGCCAGGUGGCAUGCCGCAACCGCUACUAACAUCGACGCCCUUAUCGACACAAGCUGAGGUAAGCGUGGAGACAAGUCCAUUCAUUGGUUUCACUGGGCUUGUACCGCCGGCAGCCAUAACGGUGGAGGCUACAACGACACCAAUGCGCAAGCCGGGACGGCCAGGUUCCAUGAAUAAUAGCAUGCGCGGACGCAUCAUCGACGUAAUCAAGGCACAUCCGCCUUUGUGGGUCGGCCGUCAACAGGAAGCUGUGCCGGGCCAACGUAAGGCGCAAAAUCGCACAUCGGCUGUGUGGAAAGAGGUUGCUGCCGAGUUGGGACUAACUGCAAGUCUUGUUCAAACUCGUUGGUCCAUAAUAAAACAGCGCUACGUAGAUGAACUGCAAAAAGAGCGGCGCGCUCACUUCACUCAACAGGCCUUUCACUCCACGUGGGAGCACUUCGAACGCAUGGACUUUAUGCGCGACAUACUCAUUAAGAAGGUGGACGAGCGUGAGCAAACGCGAGAGCAGAUACAGGAAAUAGUUAGUGAGCAUCAGCAAUUGCAAUCGGCUGCUGCACAGCAUAUGCGUUAUAUGCGGCUGGGCAUGCCACCGCCGAUGAGCAUGUUGGGUGCCACGUCGGGUGUGUAUGAAGACGGCAGCGUGGUUGGCAUGGUGCCAUUGCAUCAAACCGGUGUAGUAGGGAGCGGUGUUGGCGGCGUCGCUGGCGCUGUGGGUAUGGGGCGACGUCUGGGUGCUGGCGGACGUGUGAAGACCGAAAGCGACUUGGAAUGGGAUCCAUUUGAAAUGAUUUUGCAUGUGCACGGCACAGAACCAGCCGCUAAUUGAGCGGAAAUAACCGAGUGAAAUGAAAAUUAAUUGUAGAAAAGUUGAUCUUAAGCGAGUAAACGUAAUUGAGUAAGUAGUGUCCAAUAAUAAUAUUAAAGCGCAGUACUAUGAAUAGACUGGUUUGAAGCAUAGUCGCGGUUCGAGAGCAGCAUUAGAGUAAGACAAAAAAAAAAUUAUCGACUAAACUAAACCACUCAAAUAAAUCGACUGAUUACGCCAUACUAAGGCAUUUCUAUA